AUUGAAUCGAACCUCUUCAUUUGUUCUUCUCCUCCUAUGAUGGCCGCCCCCGUUUUUUAUUUCUUCACAUCAACUCAAAACGUUAUCCUUUCCCUUUCCCUUUCCCAAUGCAACAGUCUUCGCUUAUCUGUUUCCUUUAUCUUCUCCAUUGUUUAAUCACUUUAAUAUGUCUAUCUAGGGUUCAUAGGUGUGGUUCUCUUAUCUCUAGGGAAAGCCAUUUCUAGGGGUUGGUUAUGUUAUUUCUUCUCCCGAUUAUACCCUUCCUGGCCAUAUAUGGAUGAGAAGUCAAGUUUGAGUGAAGAACUGGCCGCCAGAUCGAAGGGUUUUGUUUUGCUUUUCCUAACCCAUCUUUGUUGAGGCUGACUGGCUGAAGAGGUUCAUGAAAUUAAGAUGAUCCUUCUGGCGAAACUUUCAUGAAAUUAAAGUUGCAGUUUAUGGCUUUCUCCAGGUAUAUUUGAAUUUCAACAUGCGAUUGUUUUGCAAAAAAUGUGUCAAAAGAAUUGAAUUUUAUCCCUACAUAUACUUGAGAAGAGUAGAUCUGAAGAAAAAGUUGUUAGAACUUCUAAAAAUAUAUGUUUUCAAGCUUCUUUCAUUUCAUAUUUACUUUUUGUAAAUUAAAUUGAAUUGAUUUUUGUAACUGUACAAACUUUUUUUGGAUGAUGGCUGAUUGGCUGGACCAAUCAUUGACAUACUUGGAAUAGCAAUUUGUUGAGAUGUCUUGAUUUGCUUGACUGUGUAAAGGUUGUGAGUGACGCAAAAAUGCGCCUAUCUGUUGUAAUUCCUUAUAGUUUUGUGUUUCAGUUUUGGGCAUUUUGGACUCCUCGCUUUAUUUCCAGAUCUAGAAUGUUUUUAGUGUGAUUAAAAUUUCCUUUGUUGAAGUCUGAUCUCAGAAACGUGGGUAUAAGUGCAUGUAUUUUGGUGUUAUUCAAGUUUGAUGUGAUUUGAUAAAAUUUGGUUUUAUUUAAUAUUGAAAGUAAUUGAAUUAAAUACACCCCGUGAGAAUAUGAACAUGAAUCUCUUUGUUUAAAUAUUUAUGGUUUUAGUCUUUUAAUUAAGACUUCAUAAAAAGUCUUAUUUUGGAAAUAAGACUUCUAAGCAGAACUUCGCAAAAUUUUAUUUUCCUUUAAUCAUCCCAGUAUCAUUAUCUCGUCCUUUACUUUUAUUUUGUUGAAGGAAUCUUAUUUUUUCUUACUCUUUUUAUAUUAGAAUUGAAAAUGAAAAAUCAUUUAUCCUAAGAAUUGGACGAUAUUUUUGAAAGUAUUUUUGAACAUUAAUUUCUUGAGGCUGUUUUUAAGAAAUUUACUUGAAGUGUUUGAUCUAGUUCUUGAAGUGUUUUCUUUCGGUUGCUGCAAUCCAAAUAAAUUAAGCUACGAGAUACAACUUUCAGAAAUUAAGAGAUAACUUUCACAGUUUCACAUAACGAUAAUUUUAGGCAAUAUUCAAUUCUUAUCUGCUUUUAUGAAGUUAAUCGAUACAACUUUCAGAAAUUGUUUUCCUUGCUCAAUGUUACUUACCUAAAUUGCUAUUCACUUGAUGAAUACGGAAUAUUAUUUGAUUUGUAGUUUGCAUUUUUACUUUUGUUUAAAUGAACAAGGAUGCGGCAGGAGCUGUUUUGUCUUGUAUUUACUUCAUGAUAUAAUUUAUUUGUUGAAAUAUUACGUUUUUCCACAAGAAUAUGAUUGAUGUACACUUAUCUUUGUUAAAAUUAUAGAAUUUGCUCUAUCUACUAUCAAAAAUAGUGCAAAAAUAUUACCCCAUGUUGCAAAGGCUCUCAUCUAGUGUAAAGUAAAGAGAUUGAAUAUCACAGUUUAUCCCUGUAUGAAAACACAAAGAAAUUGUUUCCCGAUUGUUUCCGGAUGAUCCACAUUUAAAAUUACAUCAAAACUUGUACCUGGAUUGACUACUUCUUUGUAAUGAAGAAACACAAACAGUUUGGUGUAUCGUUUCGCUUUAUUCCAUCAUGUUUCCAAAUAAAAAAGUGAGAAUUCUGUGGGAGUAAAUUACCUGAAUAGGAGUAAAUUUCUGCUAAGUUAUCAUUACUAGGCUUUAAACAUGACAUUUUUUUCAAAUGUGGCAAAUUAUUCUUAUUCAAAGAAUAAAAAACAUGAUAGUCCUAUUUUGAAAUUUCAAAACGUUUUUACCCCAUUUAGGGCAUUUUCUUAAUAAAGAAUAUUGAUUUUUUAUGGAAAUGUGAAAAAAAUAAGUUUGCAUGUUUUAUCCCCCAAGAUAAUUAGAUUUAAGAAGGUAUGCCUACUGAUUUUGGUUGUUUAUCUCCGGGUUAAAAAAAGCUUCUCAAAAUUGAAGUAAUUGGAUCCUGCUCUGUAUUUAUUAUUACCUUCGUUCUGUUUUAGUUGCAACAUUGGUGAUUUUGCCUGAUUUCUUUCAUUUUAAAUUUUCAAUGAAUAAAAGAUUUUAAUUGUCAACUUUUGCGUGAAAAAUUGACCAUAGCUAUUAAAACGUUGCAAUUAAAAAAGUACGUAGUAACUAUUAUCUUUUUAUAAUAGUCUCUCCCCUUAUUUGAUGAAGGAAUUGAAAGUGCUUUGUAAAUACAAGUUAUCUUUACACUCUUAAUUCCGUAACAUUUUUUUGGCAAAAGGCAGCUUAAUUAUUAUUAAUAAAGGGCGAACACCGAUACAAAUUCAUCAUUUUAAAGACUACAUUGGGAUGAAACUAGAAAGUCACGUUUAACCUUCCAUUAGAUUGUUGAACAGUCUUUGUUAGGAUCAGAACUCCGUAAAGAACUUAAUUUGAUAUACAGAGAAAUUUUUUAGUACCGAAUAACCCUUCCAAACUACGUACCCAUAAAUCGGUAAUUACUGUUGUGGUUAUUCUAUGUUUAUUGAAUACUUACUUCUUUUACUGUUGUGAGUAAAGAAAACCGUCAUAUAAUUUCUAAUGAGAAGUUUUUAAGGAAUUAAAUAUAUUAAUAGUCAAAGUUUUUCAUUGACAAACGUGAAAUUGAAAAUGUUCCAACUAAAAAAGAAUGAAGUUUAAAAGUUGGUUUGUUUAAGCUUGGUCUAGUAUGGUUUGAAUUGGUCUGGUUUUAUGUAUGUCUGAUAUUUGUGUAUUUUGUGACUGCCGAAGAAUGAUUUGGUCUGUGUAAAUAUAAUUUGUUCUAAUCUAUUUUAUUUUGAUUUGAUAUGUUCCGGGGGCGACUGAGUAUAUUACCUACGUCCUUUUUUAAAUUUUUCCAGUCUAGUAAACUUCAACAAAAUAUUUUAAUUAAUAUAUUUAUGUAAAGUUUAAUAAUAUUACACUUAUGAUACUUUUUUCGACAGAAUAUUGUCAUAGCAUUUUUGUAUUAUCAGUACUUAUGUUUAUAAAUAUAAAUGUUAGACAUCAUUGAUUUGAAAAUUCAAAUUUGGCUAUAUAGAAAGGGUGAACAGAGUACUAAAAUUGAAAGUCUCUGUUUGCUUUGCCAUGUCUGUGUUGAUUCUCAAUAGCGUUUCUUCGACCUACAACCUUUCCCGGCCUAGAGUUCGAUCUUAUGUAUCAUCUUUUUGUGAGUUUUGCCAUCUUUGCUUAAUUAGCUCAUUUGUGCAUUAAUUGAAAUAUUUAUCAACCUCCAUAUUGUGUUUUUUUGCUUUAAUAUUAGUGGUUUGUUACUAAAUUUAGCAAGUGGUUUCAUAAAACAACCCCUUUUCUUAUGUAUUAUCUUUGUGAGUUGUGCCAUCUUUACCGUGGCCAGUGUAAUAAGCACUAAAAACAUGUAUAGUAGUUUAGGAGCCGAUGUUGUGAUUUUUUGCUUCGAUAUCCGGUUUUGUUACUAAAUUUAGGCUCUAGAACCCUCAAUAGUGUUCUUAUUUCUGUGUAAGAGUUAAUUCGUUGCAUCAAUCAUAGCUCCUCAGGGAUUCUAUUCCUUUAUCCAACUCCAACGUAAUAUUCUCUUAUUCAAAAGUAGGGGUAUGUGAUAAUAAUAGUAAUUAUAAUAAGUGUUAUUGUUGUUAUUAGUAAUAUUAAUAUUGGUAAGAGCGGUAUCACUAUAAUAAGAAUCAAGGAUGGAUCUAGGAUUUUGAGUCAAGAGGGGUGAAAUUUUUUCAUUAGGUAGGGGUGAAAAUUUCCUCGCUAGUGUAGCGGGGCGAUUUUUUUCAUUAGUGUAGCGGUGCGAUAUUUUUUCAUUAGUGUAGGGUUUUGCGGCUAUGUUUUAUUAAAAAAAAUUAUUAAUGCAUACACAACGACAUUCAAUUCCAUUCUAAGUUUAGAGAAUGGAAGAAUGGCAUUGAUUUUAUAAUUGAAGUGUUCUAGAAAAGUAUUGAUAUAUUAAAGCAUAGGAAAUGACAAAUAAAAGAGAAUUAUUUGACUAUAAAAGAGGAUUUAUAAUAUUUUAUCAAUUUAUUUGAAUAUAAAAAUUUUAAAGGCCAUUCACCAAUACUUUUUAAAUAAACUUUUGCUUUGUUUAAUCACAUGAAUUUAAUCGGAAUAAAUGAUUGAUUUUUGAGUUGCAAUUUUUGUCUACAAAGGUGGUGUCCAUGAGUCAUGAGAAGUUUUCUUAAUAAUACAAUUGUUUGUAUGAUAUUAUUAUUUUUAGAAUAAUAUUAUAUUGCAGAUUCAUAUAUAUGAUGCCUAAUAUAUUUGUAUUAAUGGUAAAAUAAGUUAAAGUUUAUUAUUUAUUCAAUAAAUUAUUUUUAGAAAGUAAGAAGUAAAUCGAUUGAGUAAUUCAAUGUUAAGUGUUAUCAACAAACAUUUAUAUUUUGGAUGCAAUUCACAUGAUUUGCAAACUGUUUAAAUAUUGUGUCUGAUGAUUAAACAUUACAAAACUAGACAUUUUUAUAUAGUAUGUAUGAAGUAUCAUAAGCCUUGAAAAAUGAGUUGUUCUAUUGUUAUUUGUUUAAAUUAAAUAAAUUAUUUUAGAUGCUAUAUAAAAUUUCAAAAACUAAAAAUUAAGGGGGAGAAGCAUAUAUAUCUAAUUUUGAAAGUUCAAGGGGCGGUAGCCCCCCAAUCCAUCCCUAAUGAGAAUAAUCAAUGGUUUUAUCGUAUAAUAUGAGAAUCAAUAUUCAGGGCCUGUUUGGUAAGAGCUGCAUUGGCUGGAAUGGCUGAAAAGUCUGAAAAGACUGAAUUUGUUGAAAUGAAAGUGUUUGGUAAGAUGUUGACUGAAAUGGCUGAUUGAGUGUAAAAUUACCAUAAAGGGUAUUAACUUAUUCGUGUUAAAUAUAUGAGUGUAAGUUUUACUAUUAAACUACUUUUCCUUGAUUAGAUAAUUAUAAAUUACCUAAAUAGUUGAUUACUUUGAAAUUUUCCAAUUUGAAAUAAUCUUAAUCACAUUAAAUUACUCACAAAUAAAAUAUAUUCCGUAUCUUUUUUGCAAGGAACAAUUUAAAUUGUCAUUAAUAAAUCAUAAUCAAAGAGUGCAAAAUAUGAGGAGGAUGCUAGUCAUAAAACAGACAUGGAACAUCUACCCAGCAACAUCAAACAUCAUAGUUACUGGGAAUCAACUAAAGUUUCAUGGGCUAAUUAAUCACAAUAUAUUACACACAACUAAAAAGUUUCCGGAUCGCAAUCUUUGCAGUUAUGGAACAAACCAUUGGAAAUCUCUAGUGCUUGAGAGUUAUGAUCCUUUGCAUUAUAAUAACGGAAAAGCAACACCACUCGGAAAAACGAAAAAUGACCGCUUCUUGGAAUUCUUCUUUCUGAAAUUACCUCUGAAUAUGAAGAAUCUGAGCAAGAAUUUGUCGAUCUGGAAGGUCAAAACUAUGGCGCAAUCGAGCAGGGAGGUCAUCGAUCGGGAAGGACAAAAUUAUGGCGCAGCAAUUGAAUUGAAAGCUUCUUGUCAUCGAUCUGGAAGGGCAGUGCUAUGGCGUAUUACGUAAAAUAAAAGGGUAAAGUAGUAUUUUUAGAUUGCAACGGUCCAAUAAUAACUUUCAGCUCAAAAAGUAACCUUAUUGUUACUUUUUUGGCUGAUAAGCAAAAACAGCCCAAACAGCCCAUUUGCUAUGUGUUUGGCAAUAUUUUUGCAUUUUCAGGCUUUUCAGCCCAUUUUUAUUGCUCCAAACGGCCACUCAAUAACAAAGAACAUUGCUUGUCAUUAGGUGGGCCCAACUCUAGCUCGAAAUUCACAAGUCCAGACCUGUACAUAUUUUUUCUAUAAUUGGUUUAUUUUUUGUCGAUACAAUUUCAAGUAAAUAACUAGAUGGCGCAUUAAUUAUAAAAGUUAACACGAGAAAGACGGAAGAUCACGGAUCGUCCUGUCAAUGGGUCGGGUCUAGACUCGAUCCCGAUCCGAACCCGCC